UCCGCGCAAAAGUUACUUAUAUUUUGUUUUUAUUUUGUAUAUUUUGUGUUUGGUUGAAAAAUUGAAUGUGUACAUCUAAAUUUUGUUUGAACUGUAAUCUAAAGUUCCAAAAAUAGUGAUUUGGAAAUCCUUACCAUUUUUUUCCAAUGUCGACGUCGCGACGGUGCUAUUUUUAACCUCAAGUAAUGUUGCACACUAAACCCGCUUGAAAACUUGAUCCUGACACAUUUUAAGAUGGCAAAGGACACAUGCGUUGUGGCUCCUAUUCUUCGGAUUCUUCUUAUCGUAUUAUUGUUUCUUACAUCAUUUGGAACAUACGCUUCGUUUCUAGAUUACAUCUGGCCCCCACAAGAUAUCCACAAUACUGCACUAGACGUUUUUCCGACCAUCCCUUAUGAGCUGUCCGAAGGUGACGAGGCCUUUGUACGUGAAGCUUCCAAAUGGAUUGGAGCAAAUCUGUCGAAAUUAGACAUGUGUCAUCAUCGGGUGAUUCUAAAACUGAAAAAGUCUUGCCAGCAGUUGGACGCAGAACAGCUGGGAAAGCUGGCAGUAAUGUUGCUUAAUUGUCAGUCUGAUUCGGAGGGCCGGAGGAUCUAUCAAUGUGACGAACGUAUGUCGUUGAAAGAGUGCACUACUGCUAUGGAUCCGGAUACCUGGAACGCUUAUCAUCUUAUAACAAACCGAGCGAAAGCAGUAUGUGCAAGCGUAAGGCACGAUCAAUUUCGUGGUUUAACGGAAAUGACGGUCAACAAGCUAAUGAAUACCGCUCAUGAACAGAUACAAAUGAUGGGACAAUUAGCCGAGAAUCAGAAUGAGUUAAGAAGCGUUACCCAAGAAGCAAUUGAUGAAAUGUCUUCAAACAAUGAUAAGAUAAUUAGUCAGCAGGGCAAUAUUAUGAAGUUAUCCGAGGCUCAUCGAGCGAAGGUAGAAUCAAAUUUCAGGGAACUUGUUCGCGAGAAAAGUUUAAUUCGCGCCGGACAGCAGGAAGUUGCUGUAUUACUUACUGAUUUGCGAAAUAGGAUCGAUGAUAGCGUUAAACAACUCGAAGUACAGUCAAAGAGAAGUAAAUUAAACCAUGCCUCCUUAUUAUCGGAUAUGGAAAAUUUGCAGAAAAAUGCAAUGGCAGUAGCAUCUAAGAUAGAUGAAACUAAUUCCCAUUUCAUUGUACAUCAUCGAGCUGCAGAACAGCAGUUUCAGUACACUCUGGAUCAAUUAGAGAAAUUUAAUAGCACUAUAACUAACAUGUUGACAGCAAUUAGUUCACUUCAGAAGGAUUUUGAUCAGAAACUAUCAUGGAUUACUGAUAAAAUCGGUGGUAGUGAGUAUGUUCUUCAGAAAAUCAAUUCUAUUGUGAUUCAUUUUUGCUACCUUCUUUUUGGAAUGAUUUGCUUGUCUUUCGUUGGAGCAGAUAAGUUUGUACGAUUUUUUUUCAUUUUGAUUGUACCAGGCAAUCUACUUGGAUUUCUUUUGGAUUUGUUUGACUCUAAUGUCCUACGACUAACGAUUAUUCUCUCUAGUUUCAUUGUGGCUGAUUUAAUAUGUCGUGUAGCACUCCGAUUUUACCCGGGAGAUGUGCUUCAAAUGAGUGAAGGCCAGUCGAAUCCGCAACGACGACAGCAAAGGGAAGCUUCAUUAGCACCAGAAACUAAUCCCACACGUCGCUCGAACAUAGCAGCUUCCUCAGCCGAACAAAAUAAUCGGGAAGAGGACGGCGAGGAAACGGAUACAAAUGAUACUGUGUCAUACUUGAAUUCUUUUCGGUCUAGAUUUUCUAGAGAGCGUUCUGUUACUCCACUCGCUAAUAGAUUAAGUCGCAGUACAACUCCCUUCGACCAUGUAACUAAUGAAGAUCGACCUCAAUGCAACGCAAGAACGCUUCGCGGUGAACAGUGUAGAAGUGUGGCUCUAAUGGGGAGAGACUUUUGUAGGAUCCACGAUCAAAGAGGAUUGUGAAAUCAAUUUUCUUCGUAACUUAGGACUAAGUGCUGCUUUGGAUAGAUUUUUAUAUUAUGAUCGACAAAAUAUUCUUUUAUUUAUUAAAAGUAAAUAACAAAAUAUAAAUCGACAAAUGCAACUAGUUAUUAUAUGUAAAGAUCGGUAUUAAGUUAAACUAGGCAAUGCCACAAUUUAAUAGGAUUUAUUUCAAAUUGUUUGAUAUAAAAAAUAGUUUGAAAAGGAUUAAUGAAAUAACAAGUCUAGCUUAUAACGUAAUAAUUCUAGUGUUUGAGAGCAAUCAAUUCUAGCUGACUUAAUGCCGAUCUCGUUAUAGAUUGAUUUGAACUUACCAGUCUAUUGCUUUUAAACAGUAAUGUUUUCUUUUUAGGUUAAAUAAGAUUUCCAAUGUACAAUAACAGGGAUAGUUGUAGUUGUUAAUCCAUUUACGUUUCGUUAAAAGUAAUUUAGAAUAAUUUAGAUCCAACAUCAUCUUGUAUCCUCGCACAUAGCUAAAUAAUGCAGAGCCAAUACAUAACAUGUUUCGUUCGCUAAUAGGGUAGGGUAUGGUUUCUGUGUAGGCUUAGGUUUGAUUUUUUUUCUACAGUAAAUAAGUUGUUAUACAUUGUUUUGUUUCUAAAACAUGUUAAUUGGGAACUCAAUAAAUGCAUAUUGCAGAAGUUAA